GUUAGUACGCGCGACGGCGCAGCCACGGAUGCUGCCGUUUUCUCCUCCGUCAAGACGAAAAACCUGUAGACACGUACGGGCGGACGGGCGGCAAAGUGAUCGAUAGACAGGAGAAAACGGCGCUCAUUGGACGCGCGCGUCACUGAAUUGUUGUUUAUGUUUUUUUUCGUAUCGUUCGUCGCACGGACAACGACAAGUUUCAUCCAUGGGGAGGACGGAUAUAUCAAAGACGCUCAACGCCUACAGGAUCAAGAAAAUCGAGCACAUCGGAAGAAUGACGGCCAUGACGCAAGAGGAGAUAAUCGCGGGCGCGCGCACGGUGGCCCAAGGAUUAGAAGCUUUGAGGGCCGAGCACGCCAGUAUGCUGAGCGGCUCGCAGUCCCAAGACGCGCCGGUGGCGCGCGACAAAGCGAGCCUCAUAUCCAAGAACAUCGAGAUGAUCGAGCUGGGCCUCGGUGAAGCACAAGUGAUGUUGGCGCUGGCGAGCCACCUGCAGAUGGUCGAGGCCGAGAAACAGAAGCUUCGCACACAGGUCCGUAGGCUCUGCCAGGAGAACGCCUGGCUCAGGGAUGAAUUAGCCGGCACGCAGCAGAAACUCCAGGCCAGCCAGCAAACGGUGGCACAAUUGGAGGAGGAGAAGAAGCAUUUAGAGUUUAUGAAUAGUAUGAGACAGUAUGAUCCAGAUCCGUCGGUUGAAGACGAGAAUGCCAAGGACCGACCGAAAGACGAUCCGGUUGUCGAUCUUUUUCCCGAUGACGAUACCGAGGAGAGAAACAGUAAGUCGAUGUCGCCCACCCCGCCGUCGCAGUUCGCCCAACAAGUAACAGCCGGAUACGAGAUUCCAGCUCGCUUGCGUACUCUGCACAACUUAGUCAUUCAGUACGCAAGUCAAGGUCGAUACGAAGUGGCAGUACCACUGUGCAAGCAAGCUCUCGAAGAUUUGGAAAAGACUUCGGGUCACGAUCAUCCUGACGUUGCCACGAUGCUCAACAUCCUCGCACUCGUCUAUCGUGAUCAGAACAAGUAUAAGGAGGCGGCUAAUCUGCUGAACGAUGCGUUGGCAAUUAGGGAAAAAACACUUGGCGAAAAUCAUCCUGCGGUGGCUGCUACUUUGAAUAACCUUGCUGUACUUUAUGGUAAACGAGGUAAAUACAAGGAAGCCGAGCCACUCUGUAAAAGAGCGCUGGAAAUUCGUGAGAAAGUCCUUGGCAGAGAUCAUCCAGACGUCGCGAAGCAGUUGAAUAAUUUGGCGUUACUAUGUCAAAAUCAGGGUAAAUACGAAGAAGUCGAGCGGUACUAUCAGCGUGCUCUCGAGAUCUAUGAAGCGAAACUAGGUCCAGACGAUCCAAACGUUGCCAAGACGAAAAACAAUCUAGCCUCUUGCUACCUCAAACAGGGCAAAUAUAAGGACGCCGAAGUGCUUUAUAAACAAGUGCUGACCAGAGCCCACGAGAGGGAAUUCGGUGCUAUCGAUGGUGAUAACAAACCUAUUUGGCAGGUGGCAGAAGAGCGUGAGGAGAACAAGCACCGAAAUAAGGAGAACGCUCCUUACGGUGAAUACGGCGGCUGGCACAAAGCGGCAAAAGUUGAUUCGCCGACCUUCAACACGACCUUGAAAAACCUCGGGGCGCUGUACCGACGACAGGGCAAGUACGAGGCCGCCGAGACUUUGGAGGACUGUGCGAUUCGGUCGCGACGAGAGCUUGUCCAGCAGGCCCUGGACUUGGUAAAGCAGCCGAAAGUAGCACAAAUCCUUGGUGAUGAGAGAGGUUCAAAUCGGCGAGGCUCAAGGACGAGUUUGAACAACGCUGAACAUGAAGCACACGAUGAUAGCGAAGCUGUGAGUCUGGGCUGAUUGAAAAAAGGAAAACAUGCCGUCGAUUCGCUACUAGUAAGAGCCUGCAGCCAAAUAAUAAGGGACUCCGCGACGUUUCAACAACGAAGACGAAACGUCGACAGCGACGUUCACCGAUAUAAGAAUAAAGAAGAUUGUGUGAGACUUACGCACGAAUACACACUAUCUUAGACAUAUGCGCUGCACAUUCCGGGGGCUUUUGUAAAACUGCAACGGAAGAUAAAACUCGAAAGACGAUUUUUUUCAAAGCUUGACAUGUGGACUCCUUUUUUUUAAUGCGAUGCUUAAUAUAUAUUGAUACGAGAUUUAAAUUUGCAUAAUGUUAAAUGUGAAAGUGAGUGAAAGUCAGUAUUUUAAAAAGAAUCUGUCCUUUUUUUUUUAAAUUGCGUACUCUAUACACGCAUAAUUUUGAUGAGAAGAGCAUAAUACAUAGCGUGUCAAUUCCGUUUCGCACUUGCACUGUAAACGUAAAUUAAAGAACAUUUUAUCGUAUAUUAUUAUUUAUAUUAAGUUAUUAUCAUACACGAGUCUUUAUUUAUUUAGAUUGGUGCGGAGGUUGGUAAAAGUGUGAUACAAUGACGAACAAAAUUAUUAAGACGGUUAUAUGUACGUUUCAAGCCUAAUGUGCAUAAGAAUUUAGCAAUUAAAAAUUAUUUUCGACACUCCCAGCGUGAAAACUCAAUGUACACACACUCGAACAGACAAGCGUGCUUUAAAUCUUAUCUCGCACACGUCGUAUCGAAAAAUAAAGUUAGAUACAUGUGCGAGAAAGUGGUUUCAGUUUCGUGUGGACUUUUCAUCAUCACUUCAUUUGUGCAUAAACGUCCUCACGAACUACAAUUCACUUUGUCGCACUAGUAUUACUUCUUAACAAAGUAUGUGUAACGACUAAUGACACGAAAAUGCAAAGGAGAGAAAUAGGGGAAUUGAAAAGCUGAUCGUUUUUCUUAUUAAAAUUUAUUUUAUAGAAACAAUUUCUCAUUUUAUACUUACCAAAAGGCAUGAUUUGAAAAUUUCAUUGUUAUGGUGCUCAGCAUAAUUUAUUUUGAGCAAAGUUAAAAAACCAACUCGUGCAUUUAUAGUAUAAUUGAAAAAAACUUAUACGUGCGCCUGAGAGCUUACAGGCUUAUGAAUCUUUAUUUUAUAGAUUCACGAGAUUACUCUUUUAGUUGUUUACUUCUAUCGGACCAUUGCGUAGUUUAUUAUUUAUUUAAAAUUAAAAAAUAUUAAUAAAAAUUCUAUGCAACCUUGCUUUCGUUAAUCGUUUGUAAGGUGAUAACGCAUUAUUAAAAAAUAAAUUUAAUGCGGAAAAUUUAUCACCGUUGCGAUUUAUUAAUAUUUUCUUAACAGUAAAUUGUUACUAAGUAUUUAUCAGAACAAACAUAUUAUUAUACAUUUUGUAAUUAACCAUUUUUAGAUUUAUAAACUUUUGUAUAUUUGAUUUAACAGUGGUAUCAAGGUGUAUUGAAAAAUAAAAUGCAUGUCUCAGUUCUAUAUAAUUUGUAAAAUUAUAAACAAUUAGAAAAGAAAACCAAGUGUGAAAUUCCUAUAAAAUUUUCAAAAAUGUUCAAAUAAUGCAUAGUAAUUGUGAAAAACAAGCUUCGUAUUUCGUUCGUAUUAAUCAAAGAUCAAUAAUUAAUAAUUGUGUUUUGUGAAAUACGAAAAUUAAAAAGUUUAAGUAGUGCUUAAAGUUACUAAAAUUGAUUUUAAAAUAACGCGUACUUUUUAUUUUUGUAAUAAUAAUAUCAAAAUUUUGCUAAUUCUACGAAUUCAAAAUUUAUGCUUAAAAAGUUAUAGAUUGGAAUAAAUAUUCCUAUUAAAAUUAAGCUUACACGUGUGUGCGUGUGUAUAAAUAUAUAUGACAAAGGGACUAUGUCGUUCGAGACUGGCAAAGUUUUUGACAAUAUUUUUCGCGGUAGCGAAAGUCAAAGUAAUCGUUGAUAUAACAGACGGAAUAAAUAAAAUAAAGAAAACCAAGAGAUAUGACAAAAAAGGUAAAGCUGUUUUUAUUGUGAUAAGCCAUGAGAAUUUUGUGCGUGUGAGAUAUUGAAAAUUGAUAAAACAAAAAUGCGUUCAUUAAAUAAUAGGUAGUAUAAAAACUUUGAAAGGUAAAGGGACACUAUUGCACUUUAUUAUGUGCGUGCGUGCAUGCGUGCGUAUGUGCAUACGAGUGCGUGCGUGUGUGUGUGUGUGUGUACGGCAGAACUUUCCAGCUGUGUUCUAGCUCUCAGGUGCAACUUAUUGUUAUUCGAUGAACGUACUAUGUAAGCUUUGAUUUAUAAUAAACAUUUAACUUGUAAUAAAUUCAUGUUUC